AUGGUCGAUCCAGAACGCCUCUACGUUGAUCUCGUCUUCCGCGCCAGCAAAAAGUACGCCAAUUGGGAUCCAGAGGUCACCGUUGAAGUCGGCGACUACGGCCGCAUCACUACCGGACACAAAAGUUGGUUAACGUUUUGGCGGCACGAGCAGGGCACGUUUUUGAAAGAAGGGAACAUAUACACCGACGGCCAGGCCGAGAAGUGGAAGAUUCCAGCUCCCAAGGAACAUGGCACUGAGUCGAAUGAGGGGCAAACAUGGGUCACUUCGAAGAAUGCCCGUGAAACGGAUGUUGACGUCGCGGCAGGAGGGCAAACGCCUGCGCUUGCGCAAUGCAAGGUCAAAGCCUCUUUCAAAGUCACGUCCGGCCAAGGUGCGAUCCUGGUUAUGGAUAACGACACAGUCACAACCAUCGAUCCCCCUGGCGUUCUCCGCCGUCUCCUUGACGACGAGUCGAUGAAAGGCCUUGUCAUCGUCUCAGAGGCCCACAAGUCUUCCUCCUUCGCCCGCCUCCUCACAGCCGAAGGAACCUCAAACGUUGCUAUCGGACUUAGCGUCGAGCCUCCUGUUUCUGGUGCCGUCUCAGGCACUGUUAAUGCCAAAUGGGUCCGCAGUUCAAGCGCAGGGAAUUUCAAAAGCAAGGUUAAUAAGGACGGCAAACGCGUUUUUACCCCGUUGUUCAGGCUCGUGUCUUUGGUUGAUAAGGAGGUCUCGUCAGGGAUGAGGGGCGGUGAUGAUGAAGUCGACCCGCCAUUGCCUGAGGCUUCGCCGCCCUGGCUCGAUGAAGAGGAGCUGGAGGAAGAAGCGGACGAGCCUACAGAGAAAAAGAAGUUGGUGACUAUUCUCCCUCUCCUUUGUCUCUUGUUAGAUGAACCUAAUUGGUCUUACAGAUCUAAACGAAAGUCGUUAUUCAAUCGCAAGGCCAAGGAGUCAGUUUGA